AUUUCAGCUCUGACACCAAGGCAAGAGGCUAGGAGGUCUACAAACACCGUCUGGGUAGCUGGUGUGAGUACAGAGGGUACUGGGGGGGCUUAGCCCCCAAGGAAGACGACCAGUCCUCCCCCAGCACCACCAUCAAGAUCACAGGGGCUCCCUCUUUUCCUCUGCAGGCUGUGAACUGACUUAGGGAAUCCCAAACGAUGACAGAAAAGGAGGUGCUGGAGUCCUCCUCUUUUCCAUCAGAGACUCGGAAGGGUGGGCUACAGCGGCUGAAACAGCUAUUCAGGAAGGAGUCUACAGGGACAAAGGAGAUGGAGCUUCCCCCAGAGCCCCAGGCCAAUGGGGAGGCAGUGGGAGCUGGAGGUGGGCCCAUCUACUACAUCUAUGAGGAAGAGGAGGAAGAAGAGGAGGAAGAGGAGGAGCCACCCCCAGAGCCUCCUAAGCUUGUUAAUGAUAAACCUCACAAAUUCAAAGAUCAUUUCUUCAAGAAGCCCAAGUUCUGUGAUGUCUGUGCCCGGAUGAUUGUGCUCAACAACAAAUUUGGGCUUCGCUGUAAGAACUGCAAAACCAACAUCCACGAACACUGCCAGUCCUACGUGGAGAUGCAGAGAUGCUUCGGCAAGAUCCCCCCUGGUUUCCAUCGGGCCUAUAGCUCUCCACUCUACAGCAACCAGCAGUACGCUUGUGUCAAAGAUCUCUCUUCUGCCAAUCGCAAUGACCCUGUGUUUGAAACUCUUCGCACUGGGGUGAUCAUGGCAAACAAAGAACGGAAGAAGGGACAGGCAGAUAAGAAAAAUUCUCUAGCGGCCAUGAUGGAAGAGGAGCCAGAGUCUGCCAGACCAGAAGAAGGCAAACCCCAGGAUGGAAACCCUGAAGGGGAUAAGAAAGCUGAAAAGAAGACACCUGAUGACAAAUUCAGGGACACAGAAGAGAGGUGGAAUGUAGCGUGUCUGGAAAAUGUCCCUGCCUUGGCCUCCUGCCCCUCAGUGUGGGACAGAGGAGCCCUGAGACUCUUCACCCCCUUUCACCCUCAGCACAAGCAGCCUGGCUUCCAGCAAUCUCAUUACUUUGUGGCUCUCUAUCGAUUCAAAGCCCUGGAGAAGGACGAUCUGGAUUUCCCGCCUGGAGAGAAGAUCACAGUCAUUGAUGACUCCAAUGAGGAGUGGUGGCGGGGGAAAAUAGGGGAGAAGGUCGGAUUUUUCCCUCCAAACUUCAUUAUUCGGGUCCGGGCUGGAGAGCGUGUGCACCGCGUAACCAGAUCCUUCGUGGGGAACCGCGAGAUAGGGCAGAUCACUCUCAAGAAGGACCAGAUUGUGGUGCAAAAAGGCGAUGAAACCGGCGGCUACGUCAAGGUCUACACCGGCCGCAAGGUGGGGCUGUUCCCCACCGACUUUCUGGAGGAGAUUUAGGCGUGCUGACGCCUGCCAGUGGGAGAUACCCAAACCCCAUUCUGGGCAGGCCCAGUGGAGGUUGGGGAGAAAAGGGGCGAAAGCAACUACAUGGCUGGGUUGGGGAGGGCUGGGAAGGCCACCGAAACUUGACGGGGCUUCCAGGAAGGGACUGGUUCCCGUCCCCCUCCCCCGCUGAGGGCGUCGGAUUCUUGGUGCCUGGAGCAGCCUCAUUCGCAA